CGUCCUCAACACUCUCGACCUCGUUUUAUCAAAGGAUCGGGGCGAACGGAGCCAUGUACAGGCCGCUAUUUCCUUCCGUGAUGCAUUCACGCACACAUUGGACACAGCGGGUACCCAGUGUGGUCUUGAAGUUGAUCCCAACCUCUUUUGCGACAUCAAAGAAGGCCCAUCUGCCAUGUGUUUCCGAUAUUGCGGUAAAAUACUAUCAAGUUCCUGAGCUGGUGUCCAAGACAAACUUUACUGCUCCACUCCUGUUUUCAUAUCAGAAGCGUGCAUUCAGCUCACCCGUAACAAAGGCUGCACCAGAUGAUGAUGUUAUCCGUCCACCGCAAGACCAGGCCAAAUACAUCGAACCAAAAUACUAUUACGAUGAAAUUGCGGCACGAAAUACGAGGUACCUUCUUGUUGCAAGUUUUAGCGUCCUUGGUGCCGUUGCUGCCAAAAAUAUUGUCACCGAUUACAUGGAAAAUUUGGCUGCGUCCGCGGACGUGCUUGCCUUGGCCAAGGUGGAGCUAGAUAUGGGAUCUGUGCCUGAGGCAAAGAACGUGGUUGUAAAGUGGCGCGGAAAACCAGUUUUUAUUCGGCACCGCACAGCAGACGAGAUCGCUGAAGCUCGCUCGGUUCCCCUGAGCGAGCUCCGAGAUCCUGAAAAAGAUGAAGACCGCGUUAAAAAGCCCGAAUGGCUAGUGAUGCUGGGAGUCUGCACACACCUGGGGUGUGUACCCAUUGGGGAAGCUGGGGACUAUGGAGGAUGGUUUUGCCCAUGUCAUGGUUCUCAUUAUGAUAUCAGUGGACGUAUCCGAAAGUGAGCUGUGAAUAUGUAGGGACACGUCAUUACUGGCUAUGCGGUUGACCUUUCAAUUUCAGAGGACCCGCCCCAUUGAAUAUGGAAAUUCCUCCAUAUGACUUCAAUGAAGUCGACGGCAAGAUAGUCAUCGGCUAGGGAAGCGUCAUUUAGAUGAGGCUCGAUAUGCUGUUCAGUGCCGAGGUUGUUCUUGCAUGUGUAUAUUGUGUGGUUUAGUAAAGAUAAAUUACAAUGCUGAUGCCAUUGCCGCUCAUCGGCCUGUAUACAGC